CGUAAUUCUAAAUCAAAGCCACUGCUAAAUUCAUCCUUGCCUGCCUGCCUGCCUGUCAGCUUUCAGAUCUCCUCUCACCUUCUUUCCUUUCCUUUCCAGGUCUUUUUCUCGCUGCCCAAUCCUUGUCAUUUAUCCCGUACUUGCAAUCGCAUUGAAUAUCUGACGACACCGCCAAGAUUCAAAUGGCCUGCAGAAACGGGGGGGCGUCGAGGGACGAAGUUAAAAACAGGGACGCCGCAUCAAGGGCUGUCGGCGAUGCCUUGCUUUUUACAACCAUGUGCAUCAUUGGGAUGCCUGUCGACGUUUACGCCAAAGAUGGCUCGGUUUAUUCAGGAAUCUUCCACACAGCCUCUCUAGAUAAGAAAUAUGCUAUUGUAUUGAAGAAAGCGAGAAUGGUGGAGAAGGGGAACCUGGAUGAUAGUGUAAUGGAUGGAGCUUUAAUCGAGACUCUUAUUGUGCAAUCCAAAGAUCUUGUCCAAGUUGUUGCUAAGGGUGUUCUACUUCCCUCUAAUAGAAUGGGAGGCCUCGCUGGGAAUGGCACCAUUCAGGCUGCUGCAGAUACAUGCCCUGAGAACGAUGUAGAAGCUAUAAAUGAGAAUGAGUCCAAAGGGUACAAAAAGGACACGAGUCAAAGGAGUUCUACAGCUGAGGCUGCAAAUCACUUAAACAGUUCUUCAGAAGACUUCUUUGAGAGAUUGGAUACAACGAAGUUUGUUAAGAUAGAAGCACAUAAUAUUUCAGUUGAUAGAAGCAGAAAUGUUGAGGAUGGCAACUCACUAGACCUGUUGUGCAAGAUCCAGAAAAGCCCUGGUUCUGGAGAUAUGAAUGGAGUUCAAGGCACAAAUCUUAGCCUCAGCAGUGGCAAAGCUCCUUCAACCAAUGUAAAUCUUCACCGAACCAUGCAACAAGAGCCAACAGCUGUAUCAUUGUUUUGCUCUGCUGCCGCUGAGGAUCGGAGUCAAUGCUGGCCUACUUUAGAUGAGACUGCAUACUCGGUUGCCUCCCAACCAAAUGUUUCUGUUAUUUCCAGUCGCAUGAUUGAUGCUACUUCGGGUUCAUGCCUCAAAGCAUCAUCAAAUCCCUUCUUUUUUGUACCUCCAAAAAGUUCAAGUGUUAAAAGAACUGUUAAGGACUCCAAGCUUAAUCCUGGAGCAAAAAUAUUUUCUCCAUCAACGUUGCACCAUAGAACAGUGAAUCCUGCUGUGCCAAAUGGAGCAAGUGGUGGUCCUUACAUGGCAUCCUACACAAUGGCUGCUCCUCCACAAGAGUCUGUGGCGAGUUCUUUUACUCAUUCUUCCACGCCUGUUAAGCUUGUUCCAUACAAUAAUGUGGCUGUUGGGCAUGGUGAUCAUGAUGCGGCGUAUGUCCAACCUAUUAUUGGACAAGUCGUGGACAGGAUGCAGCCUACCAGAAUUACUGGUCAAUAUCAGAACUUUCCAAUGGGCCCUGCCUAUGCCCCUCCAAAUCUGCAAAAUGUUACACAUGGACGAAUAAAUCCUCUUGCUUGCAUGCGCCCCAUGCCUACUGAUGUUCUGCAGAGUCCUACAGGGUUCGCUCCAGCAACUGCAAGGCCUAUAUUUGCAAAGAACCAAGGAAAUGCUUUGGCACAGACUCUGCAGCUGUGUGUGAGCCCUCAGAUUAUGGCUAAUGGAUUGCAACAGUUUGUAAUGCCUGUUACUGCUCCAUUUUCACAACCCGCAUACCCUAUAUUACAACCUAUUAACAUUCCAGGGACGAACAAUUUUUUGAGCCCCAAAUUUGCAUGAGUUUACAAUGAUUCAUCAUUCUUUCCUAGUAAAAUUUUGACAUUAUUUGUGUCUCUUGUUCAAGUCCGUGCAUAUAGUUGUUCUUUGCAUUCUUUAGUAUUUCUCUUUGCUUUAUGCAUUUGAGAGGUUUUAGCUUUGUAAUUUGAGAUAUUUUGUUAAAUUCAUAAUCACUUUUCUUCCAUUUCAUUUAGAGGUCCACCAAGCAAACAUUGCGUGAGUUUUGGUUUGCUGUUCGCUUCUGAGCUCGCUUCUCCUGUUGUCAAUGAGAUUCUGAGGUUUGAUACACUUUAUUCGAGUUUAUUGGUUAGAAUAUAUACACAUAUAUAAUUUGAUAGGAAUGCUCAUGUAUGAUGGACGAGGUCAUGUUCUUUAUUUUGUCCUUGCUCAAGCUAUAAAAGUUUCAUAUGAGAAAUAGUUAUCAAUGCAUUGAGGUAUUUAUUUGUGUUUAAUUUUAAAUGAUCUGAUAUAUGUAAUUAGUGUUGCAGAAAGAUUGAGCUUAUGAACUGUGUAUUAUUAACAUGGGAAUGAGGAAGGAUCAUUGUUUUAUUUUUUAUAUUAGUUAUCGUUUAACAAUUCAAUGGACCAAAUAAUGAAUAUUUGAGUGC